AUGGCGACUGGCCGAAUCAAUGUAGCUCCAAUGGCGCCAUUUGAUCCCAUGUCCGAUCCAAACUCUCUCAGUCAGCGCUGGAAAAAGUGGAAACGACGAUUUGAAACAUAUCUUGUUGCUCUGAAUGUGACUGAAAAGAAACAAAAGCGGGCUCUCUUGUUGUACCAAGCUGGCCAAGAGACUCAGGAUAUUUUUGAUACCCUUGUUGACAUCGGCGAAGACGACGACUAUGAUUCCGCUAUCGCUGCCCUCGAUACGUAUUUUUCACCUAAAAAACAUGUCGAUUUUGAAAUUUUUAAGUUUCGUGAAGCCAAACAACAACCACAUGAAACAAUCGAUCAGUUUUCAACUCGUCUUAGGAAGCUGGCGGCAACCUGUGACUUCGAAAAUAUCGACAAGGAAGUAAAAUCGGCCAUAAUUCAAAACUGUUUAUCGAAACGUCUACGACGCUACGCCCUGCUUAACUCGGAACAUUUCGUUCUUUAAAAAGUAUCACCCCAGACAUGGCAGAUCGUUGGAGUCAACAGAGAUAAUGGAUGAAGAAAAUUAUUCCUCAGAUGAAGAUGUCCACGAAGAGCAUGAACAGUAUGAUGGACUGAGACAGAAUGAUCGUCCGCGGCAGAACAAUGGUCAGAGACAAGAUGAUGGUCCGAGAUAUCCGGCAAGAGAAAGACAGCGGGUGUACAGAUAUGGAAAUAACAUUUAUGAUUGA